AUGGUGAGUUUCGAUUCUCCAUACAGUAAUGAGCCAUAUGUGUUUCAGGGUAAAAAGAGUUUCUUCAAUAAGAAGAACACCGUUAGCUACAAUUUAGUCCCAAGUUCUUCGGCUCCAGAGGAACCGAAACAAGUUUCUUUCAAAGUAACUGGUGAUCAGUUAGAGGAACAACACAAGUAUGGAAUCUUCUUCGAUGACGACUAUGAUUACAUGAAACACUUGCGGAGUCGUGAUGAGACAUAUAGCAUGAAAAUCGAGUCGAAGGAAGAUGUGAAAACCGAUGUUAUCAAAGUUCCAUCCAUGCCUAUGGAGAAUUUCUCCUUCAGGGCAGAACGUUCAUUGCAUGAAACACAGAAAGGUGUUCGCGAUGAUGAUGUUGAUCGUCUUUUAGAGGGCAAUUUCAAAGGAAACCAAGAUUUGGAAGAUGACUUCAUAACAUUAGCCGGAGGUGUAGCUGGGGUUCUAAACCCACUCUCUUCCUUCAGACCUCGUACAAGUGAUGAUGAGGAAUCGGAAGAAGACGAUUACGACGCUUUCGAUGACGAGUUAGAUGAAGAUGAGCAGGAAGAAGAAGAAGAUAUGGAGACUCGUACUGGCCCUCAAAGGGAUAUCGAUGAUGCCUUCGAUAGAAUGUUAGAAGCUGACUAUCAUGAAGAUCAAUUGGGAGAGUUGGAUGGAGAUGAUGAAUUGGUCGCAGGAAUGUUGGAGCCUGACAGUGGCCGACUUCGAAGACUUGCCAAGGAGAAAAUCGAGGAUCCUGAUUACGAUGAGCAGUUGGCGAAAGAUUAUGUGAAGAAGAGAUUUGCUCUCAUCGAAGCCGGGGUUAUCAAAGAAGAUUCGGAAAUGGUGGAAGUGGAAGAGAGUCCAUCUAAGAAACUAAAAUGGGACUGUGAAUCUUUCGCUUCCCAAUAUUCCAAUCUUUACAAUCAUCCCACAGUUAUCAAAGAUCCUAAUCAAGUCCUAUCAAGAAAAGCUUUGAAACGUUUCAAUCGUGCCAACGAAAAGAAAGAAGCCGAGCUAGAGGAAGAGGAUGAAGAGAUGGAUAUGGAUGAUGAUGACAACCUCAGUCAAUGUACCAGCGUUUCAACAAUAAGACCAAAAGGAGAAACUCCAGAAGAAAGGAAUCUACGGAAGAAGGCAGUUAAGGCUGCACGUCGUGCGCGUAUAGUCGAGAGAAAGCAGAACCAGGCAGCCUUCGCAGAUGCUCAUAGAAAGAUGGCUCAGUCUCGAUUCGGACAAGUCAAGUUCCGACCAGUGGCAUAG